AUGGAUCAUGGUCAUAAUUUAUUCGUUUCCUCAGAUGGGUCUGUGGAGUCUGGUUGGACAGUGUAUUUGGAGAAUUCUUCUUCUUACUUUAGUGGAAGAAUUAAUGAUUCUUUUGAUGUUCAUAAGGAUCUUGAAGAUGAAGAGGAAGUGGAUUUGUCUAUGGUUUCUGAUGCUUCUUCUGGGCCUCAAAUUUUCCGGGAAAAUGAAGUCAUUUUCCCGGAAAACGAUAGUCGUCGUCCGCCGUGCUUUUGCGCUAAGACCGCCGGAAGUUUGGUGAAAAGUGGCCGGAAAAUUAAGGGCGGUGAUAACCGACGGCAGUGGCCUGAUCGGCAGGAGCAAACGACGUCGUUUCUUGAUGACACUGCUACCUCUGAUCCCAGCUUCAACUUCAAUAAUUCGGAGAGUUCAACCUACCAAAACCAAUUUAACACUAUGAGACAAUCCUCUCUAUCUGGAACUCAAAGGCAGAAGAAUCAGUGGUUUAAAGGGAAGAGAUCAGGAUUGAGGUAGACACAUGAUGAGUUUGGUAAUGGAGUGAUCAAGAAAUAUAUCUAGAAUAAUAAUGGUCACACUACAAUUACAAAACUCUCAUAUAUAUAACAAUUUAGGGUGUUGGUUGAGAUAACAAAGGGGAGUUUCUUUUUUUUUUUCCCUAAAAAAAUUGUUAUUAUUAUAAAUCUAUCUGUAAUGUGUCACUGAAUAAUUUGUU